UGGGAAUCGUGUGUUGCGGUGCGAACUCAGCAUUCAUUGCAGACAAGUUAGAGUACGGCAAGAAGAGAGGCAUUAGAUCUCAUUUACUCCCUGUUGAGCCCCGUAAACGAUAUGUGUAUGUAUUCAACGCCCCGGACGGGCCCGGAAUCGACUUUCCACUCCUCAUCGACCCGUCUUCAGCCUAUUGUCGCAGAGAGGGUUUGGGAGGAAAUUUUAUUUGCGGCCGAAAUCCCAGCGAUAGCGAAGAGCCGGAUGUAAGCAAUCUGGACGUGGAUUACUCGUACUUCGACUCUCAUAUCUACCCGCAAUUGGCUCAUAGAGUGCCGUCCUUUGGUUCGGCCAAAUUGAAAGGCGCGUGGAGUGGAUAUUAUGAGUACAACACGUUAGACCAAAACCCGAUCAUUGGCCGCGACUUAUACUACGGC